AUGAUUGCGGCACAGCUACUAGCCUAUUACUUCACUGAACUCAAGGAUGAUCAGGUCAAAAAGAUCGAUAAGUACCUGUACUCCAUGCGAUUCUCUGAUGAGACGUUAAAGGAAAUCACGCAGCGGUUUCGGAGGGAGUUGGUCAAAGGACUGGGGCGGGACACCAACACCACUGCUGUGCUGAAGAUGCUGCCAACGUUUGUGCAGUCAAUCCCUGAUGGCUCAGAGAAGGGCGACUUCAUUGCGUUGGAUUUGGGAGGCAGUAACUUCAGGAUCCUCCGCGUCAGAGUGAGCCAUGAGAAGAAACAGACCGUUCAGAUGGAGAGUCAAAUAUAUGACACGCCAGAAGACAUCAUGCACGGCACUGGGACGAGACUGUUCGACCAUGUGGCAGAGUGUCUCGGCGACUUUAUGGAAAAACACAGCAUCAAAGACAAGAAACUCCCCGUUGGACUUACCUUCUCCUUCCCAUGCCAGCAGACCAAACUAGAUGAGGGCUAUCUGAUGACAUGGACAAAGCGUUUCAAGGCCAGUGGAGUGGAGGGAAUAGACGUUGUCAAGCUGCUCAACAAAGCUAUUAAGAAGCGAGGAGACUAUGAGGCCGACAUCAUGGCAGUAGUGAAUGAUACUGUGGGAACGAUGAUGACCUGUGGUUUCGAUGACCAGCGCUGUGAAGUCGGCAUUAUCAUCGGUACGGGCACCAAUGCAUGCUACAUGGAGGAGCUGCGUCACAUUGACCUGGUGGAGGGAGACGAGGGCAGGAUGUGCGUGAACACUGAGUGGGGAGCCUUUGGAGACGACGGCAUGCUGGAAGACAUCAGGACAGAGUUUGACAGAGAGAUAGACCGAGGCUCUCUCAACCCCGGCAAACAGCUAUUUGAGAAGAUGGUCAGUGGGAUGUACAUGGGGGAGCUGGUUCGUCUCAUCCUGGUGAAGAUGGCCAGAGAGGGCAUGCUGUUCGAGGGAAGGAUCACCCCUGAGCUCCUCACUAAGGAGAAGUUUGAGACCAAACACAUCUCAGCCAUAGAGAAGAGUAAGGAGGGGUUGAACAAGGCCAGAGAGAUUUUAAUCAGACUCGGUGUGGAGCCCUCAAACGACGACUGCAUCGCCGUGCAGCAUGUUUGUGCCAUUGUGUCUUUCCGCUCUGCCAACCUGAUUGCUUCUGCGUUGGCCGGCAUCCUGCUGAGGCUGAAGGAGAACAAAGGCGUGGCACGUCUCCGAACCACUGUAGGCAUCGAUGGAUCUCUAUACAAGAUGCACCCACAAUAUGCCCGUCGUCUUCAUAAGACAGUCCGUCGUUUGGUCCCGGACUCUGACGUUCGGUUCCUCCUAUCAGAGAGCGGCAGUGCAAAAGGAGCUGCCAUGGUGACAGCUGUGGCCUACAGACUCGCAGAGCACUCACGAGAAAUUGCCCAAACGCUGUCCGAAUUCCGCCUGACGACAGAACAACUGCUGGAGGUAAAGAAGAGAAUGAGGACAGAGAUCCAAAAUGGCCUUUCAAAGAGCACUCAGGACUCUGCUACUGUCAAAAUGCUGCCAACGUUCGUAAACAGCACUCCUGAUGGCUCAGAGAAUGGUGAUUUCCUGGCUUUGGAUUUAGGAGGAACCAACUUCAGAGUUCUGUUGGUCAAGAUUCGCUCUGGCAAGAGGAGAUCAGUGGAGAUGCACAACAAGAUCUACGCUAUUCCUCUAGAAGUGAUGCAGGGCACAGGAGAGGAGCUGUUUGAUCACAUUGUGCAGUGUAUCAGUGACUUCCUGGACUACAUGGGGAUGAAGAACACUCGUCUUCCUCUGGGCUUCACCUUCUCGUUCCCUUGCCGACAGACCAGCCUGGAUGCUGGCAUCCUGGUGACAUGGACCAAAGGCUUCAAGGCGACAGACUGUGAAGGAGAAGAUGUGGUGGGUCUGUUGAGGGAGGCCAUUAAGAGGAGAGAGGAAUUUGACCUGGAUGUGGUGGCCAUAGUGAAUGAUACCGUGGGAACCAUGAUGACCUGCGCUUACGAAGAACCCACCUGUGAGAUCGGACUCAUUGCCGGCACUGGUAGUAACGCAUGUUACAUGGAGGAAAUGAGGAACAUCGAGAUGAUAGAUGGAGAUGAGGGGCAGAUGUGUGUCAACAUGGAGUGGGGGGCUUUCGGAGACAACGGAUGUCUUGACGACAUUAGGACGGAGUAUGACCGCGUUGUAGACGACUUCUCCCUCAAUCUAGGCAAACAAAGAUAUGAGAAAAUGUGCAGCGGCAUGUAUCUCGGCGAAAUAGUGCGAAACAUCCUGAUAGACAUGACCAAGAGAGGGUUCCUGUUCAGAGGACAGAUUUCUGAAACACUGAAGACCCGAGGCAUCUUCGAAACAAAGUUCCUCUCACAGAUAGAGAGUGACAGAUUGGCUUUGCUGCAAGUCAGAUCCAUCCUGCAACACUUAGGACUGGACAGCACCUGUGAUGACAGUAUCAUAGUUAAAGAGGUAUGCGGGGCGGUGUCACGUCGUGCAGCUCAGCUGUGUGGGGCAGGAAUGGCGGCCGUGGUUGAUAAGAUCAGAGAGAACAGAGGACUGGACCAUCUGGACAUCACUGUAGCGGUGGACGGGACACUCUACAAACUACAUCCACAUUUCUCCGGGAUCAUGCACCAGACGGUAGACGAACUGGCUCCUCAGUGUAACGUCAACUUCCUGCUGUCGGAGGACGGCAGUGGGAAAGGAGCUGCACUCAUCACAGCCGUGGGCUGCCGGCUGAGAGAGGAGCUGAACAAUAAAUAGGAAAUAUCUCUUCUGUUAUGUCCCCGCUUCUCUCUGUGUUUCCUCUCUGUCCUUUCCCCUUGUCUCCUGUACUCCUGAAUCCAACCAGUCCAGUCAACGUGUCACGCUCCUGUAGCUGCUUUAGUUCGUCGACAUGACAGAGAGAGGAGAUAGCUUUCUCUGCUGUGUUAGGGAGUAGAGAGUCAGGCACUAUGUUGUAGUUAUUGUUUGAUUAACUGUUCUAGCAAUACCCAUACGAUUUCUGAGGUUAAACUUAUCUAUAGAGAUAAAACACGCACAUUCAAGUCCUGUACAAAAUGUGCAGGGCAUAAAGAGUCCACACACUCCUGUAACGCUCCCAUGAGCUGCCUAUCAUCGCCAUCUGGAGGAGUCCUCUAAUAACUGCAGUCUGUUACAAUAUAUACCAAGCACAACAGCUGAAAGACAAUUUCCAAAAGCAUUGCAGAGAAACGUUUAUCCUUGCAACAUGUUCAGUGGACGCAGGGACGUAAAAACACUGUUUUAUUCCAAAGUUUCCAAAGUCUGUCUGCUGCAAGCUACUCACCGUCUCUAUGACAAAGACAUAAAAGGGAUAUGAGGUGAUAUAUAAAUGUGUAAUAAUGAGAUGAAAGGGAAUAUUUUUGCUUUAAAAUUUGUAAUAUCUUACCCAGAUGUGAUACAAUAUGUUAUACAUACAUUGUUGCUAUUUAUUUUAUUUUUGUAUUUGGCGAUGUUGAAAAAUAUUGCUGUUGCAAUAAUGAGGAAGUCACCGUCAGCCGGUACCUGUCCUGUAUAGUGGAGGGUUUAAUAAACCACGCCAGGGCAGAAAGGUGACAAAAGAGGGACUUCAACCAUGCUUCUUGAUCUGCAGGAGAUGUCACAUGCUUGCUAAAUGUGCAGAUCUGGUCUAAUUUAUGACAGCAAUCCUAUUCUACUCUAAUGUGCACUUGUAUUUUACUCAGUAGAAAUCCUGUUGUUGGUUCAAAUCACAGCUACUGAUAAGUUGUUGUCUUAAGAAGUGCUGGCUACUCACCAGUUACUAUAGUAACGGCCAUGAUACAGGAAUGCGGUGCUAACAUAGAUGCCAACGAUGGUCAAACUGUAUAAGACUAUUACAGUAGCUGAAGCUUUAUGGGGAAAUAAAGCUUUUCACUGUACUCAGUGACUGUACUCAAUAUGCUCCUGAAGACUCAGGAGGGUGACUAAGUGAACUACUGUAUGGCUCAUUCAAGUAACACCAUUCAUGCAAAGUAAAAUAUAUUUAUUUUUCUCUGUAAUAAAAUCAAAUGAUCAUAUUAUUGCUGUUAAUGAUACUCAUUAAAAGACAUAUUUUCAUUGUAGAGGCUGGCCUUUUUUCAAAUCCUAGACUAUAAGAGUGAAAAAAAGCUUUUAAAAUAAGGGCACUGUAGCUAACAGGUCAUAAGCAGUUGUGGUGCAAGGAUGUGAGAUGCUACAGUACUUUUUACAGCUAUAUUUGUUAACUACAGUUAAAAUUCUGGCUUUUGGUGACAGAUUUGCACCAAUCCAAAACUGGAACAGUUAAGAAAUCCUAUAAUGACUUAUACUUGCUUACUACUCUUAUUACUGCCAGGAUAAAGAGGGCCAGCCUCUCCAGCAGGCCCUAAACUAUCCUACUGCCUUCAGAUGUUCCCCAGUGUAGUGAAGAAGUCUGAAAGCCAGCCCAACAUCACACAGACAAUUUAAUCUCUUUGCUUCUGUUCACAACACCCCAAACUGUAUCUGUCCAACACUGUCAAUCAAUCAGUCACUAAAUAAAGACAAACCUGUGUCAAUCCA